AUGUCAACGGACCAAAGCGACACGUUGGCCCCUAUCAUCAAGCAAUGGGACAACCUCAGCGUGGAGGAGUAUGAGCAAGGCUGGCAGCUCAUGGUUCUUGACUAUCCCCAUCCUAUCGGAUUUAUCCCUUGCCGGUUUGUUGAUCUGAAUCUGUAUCGGGACAUCUGGGAGGCUGUGUUCGAUGUGGACGAAGGAGCCAAGACUAUGCACUUGCAGGCAGACCCUGGCCCUUGCGAGUUCGAGAGAGUUGCUCAAGCUAACCAGCUACUUGACUAUUUCUGUUCUCUGAUGAGAUACACAGAUGGAUUCAAAGCCGGGUUGGCGAAGUGGCUUGAAAGCAAAGAACGUGAAGGGGGAUCCACGGCAGACUAUCACCCCAUCAUGCUGCCUCCGCGUGGUCCACCAGGGUUGAAGGUUCCGUCCCCCAUUCGAGGAAUUCUCGGUGUACUCACCGCAGGCAUCCAUGUCAACGCUUACACGACCGACGAUGAAGGGGCCGUCACUGGCCUGUGGGUCUCUGAACGUCUCAAGGAAAAGACUUAUGGUGGAAAGUAUGAUCAGAUCAUUGCAGGAGGGAUGGAUCCGGAGGAUUUCGAAUGCCCUUGGUUUACAUUCCGUCGCGAGGCUGCAGAGGAAACCAAGUUCAUCUGCCAGAGCGACAGCAAGAUUGUCUGGCGUGGCGCAGGGAUCCCGGGAUUUCUCAUCCCUGUGGAGGCGCUGGGCACCGCCGACCUCACCAGCACAAUAUACUUCUGCACGAAGAAGGACGAUGAAGCGGGUGCUGCCGAGACUGGCCACAUUGAGCCGGGCAUUCGGUUUUGCUUCGACCUGAAGCUCGACAAUGACGUGACGCCGGAGCCCAACGCAGAGGACAACUCUAGCAAUGGUAUAUGUUGGCUCAGUGUGCAGCAGAUCAAAGCUUCCCUUGCAGAGGGUAUGUGGAAGCCGAACUGUGGGCUGGUGACGGUGGAUUUCCUUCGGCGCCAUGGACUUCUUGACCAUGACCAAGAUCUACAGGCGGCUAUGGCUCUGUUGAGGCCGCGUUUCGACUUGCCUGAGCCCAUUUUCGACACAGACUGCUAA